AAGAUCACUCCCUUCCGCGGUAGACUGGAUGAGAGUGAGAACUCCAAGCAGUGGCUGAGAGGUUUUGUGUAUGAGAUGAAAAGUACACACACACCUCCCAACGAAUGGUGCAUGGCCUUCCAAUCGGGUCUCAGGGAUGGUGCCUUCAGUCAAUCAGCGAUCACUCGGUACUAUCGAGCUAAGCGGUCGGAGAAGGAGCACAUUCGCGACUAUCUAAACCGACUGAAUGGCUAUGCACGUAGUGUCAAUAUCAAGUUCGAACGCAGCGGUCGUGAGGCGAAGGAACAUUUACGUGAUAUUCACACGCUUGAGGAUAUCGUCAGCGACAUCCUGAAGAUGGAGAAGCGAGUGUCGAAUCGCUCAUCAAUUCAAAGUUCGCCCGAUGAGUACUCGAACGACUACUCGAAUGAUGAUCCGAUCGACGUUUAUGAAGGAGAUGAAGCUGACCAAGAUGAGUGUGACAGCGAUUGUGGUUCAAGAGACGAGAUGCAAGUGGCAAGCGUCCACAAAACAAUGGACAACAGUCAAGCGGAUUUGGGCAAGGUGGAUUCCGACUUACAACUCAAUCUGGAUCGAGGUUCAACGAUAACCGCGGCGGACGCGGGUUCCAGAGAUCAACAAAUGCACGACUUCAGCAAGUGCGAGGCCUUCGACGAGCUGGCCAAGAUCCUCCGGACUAACGUUGACGAGAAGAACAUUAGUCCCGAGCUCCUGAAGUUUGUCUUCAACACCGGCGCGAACGUGAGCAUAAUCACGACGAAGCUGGCGCGUCGACUACAACUGAACCCCAUCCAGGAACAUGGUCGACAACUCCAGGUGCAAGGAAUUCAAGAAGGAAAGAUGUCAACGACAACUCGAGUGAAAGCCAAGGUUACUCUGGGAUGGAACACAGUUUAUGAGUUCGAGUUCUGGGUCAUGGACCACAGUGCUGGAUCAGAAGUGGUGCUUGGCACCGACUUUAUGAUACCAGCUGGAAUACGCUUGGAUCUGUUCAACGCAACGGCCAAGCUUCCAGGGGAAGAAAUAGUGCCACUGGUGAAAUCGCUAAGCGCUGACGAAGAUUCAGCUGAAGGGAUGCAUGUCACCGGCGGACCCACGAUGAGCCUGCAGAUACCUGCAGGAGAGUGGAUUGAGUUCCGGUUGCAGAAGCGAAAACCAUCGUUAGGAACUCACGGUGUGUGGGUGCAGCGCACUGCCGCGCUUAUUCCAACGAUCGUUUGGUUCAGGAAAGCGCAGCCAACUCUAGUUCGGGUGACGAACAUCACUGACAAGGACUAUGCUCAAGAAUUGGCAUUCUUGCCUGACUUGACAAAGCCCUCUGUCACGGAGCUUGAUUACACCGCUCCGAAUGUGAAGAACCCGAGUUUCGUCGGCGGCCAGCAACGACGACUCGAUAAGGGCAUGCAAAUUCCGCUGAGGCACUUGCAGAAGCUCUAUGAGCUACUCAAAGGACUGUUAAAGGCUGGCCUCAUUGCGUUCUCGGACAGUCCAUGGGCGUCGCCCAUCGUGAUUGUACUGGAAAAGAACGGCCAAGGUAUUCGACUAUGCAUCGAUUACAAGAUGGUCAACGCAGUUACAGCAAUCAUGGAAUAUGCCAUGCCUCUGGUCGACGACCUGUUGACCGAGCUGGAGAACUAUCUGUGGUUCUGCUCGUUGGAUGCUGCUAGUGGCUUUUGGACAAUCAUGAUGACGAUGCGUGCGCGUAAGAUUUCAGCGUUCGUUUGUGCGUUAGGGCACUUUGAGUGGCUCCGAACGCCAUUCGGAUUGAAGAAUGCUCCCAUGAUCUACCAAAGGAUGAUCGAUAAUGCACUAUGUGGCUUUGUACAGCCUAAGGGUGGAUGGGAGCGAUAUGCUGAACGAAUGAAACUCGCUGAAGAAGCAGCCAAGCACCAACGAUCACUCGACGAUUACUCAGAUUUUACCCAGACGACGACUCGGACCAAGUUUGAGGCUAAUCGACAGGCGUCGUCGGAACUGGAUCCGGUGUUACGAAUGGUGAACGAUCCAUACGCAGACAUGUUUGCGACUAAUGAACCAGACGAAUCGUCGCUAGUCCCAGUGUUCCAGCGACGAUCCUUCGUAGACGACAUUUGUUUCGGUGGCACUACAUUUGACGACUGCUUGGAUACACUGGAUAAGUUGCUGGCGCGGUUUGAAGAAUGCAGGAUCAGUGUCAGCUUUACUAAAAGCUUCUUUUGUCAGUCCAAGGUCGACUUCCUCUCUCACGAGGUGGCGCCUGAAGGAAUACGGGCUGACCCCAAGAAGAUGACAGCUAUUACCAAUCGCUUCAUCCAAGACUUCGCAGUCUAUGAAGCCGCGCUAUAUCAGUUGAAGGAAGACGAUUUCUCCGAAGGGGGUGACUUGGCUGCGGCCGAGUUUACUGCGCUCCAACGAAGAGUAGCUGAAGCUCCUAUUCUACGGCAUUUCGAUGCGAAGAAGGAGGUGCACAUCACGCUGUACACCAAUGAGUGGGCGUUAAUCCUCAAGGACGCCGAGAUGAACUAUCACUCGGCCGAGAAGGAAGUCCUAGCGUUGUUGCUACUGCUCAAGCUCAAGUCAGUCCGAUAUCUGCACGUGGUGCGUGAGUACAACGCAGCGGCUGACUCGCUCGCUGGCGAGGCAUUGGAGUCGAAGAUGUCUAAGGUGGUGCUCAACGACCACCGUAAGACUGAGCCCAAGAAACUGAACAGAAUCAAAGAAAUGAUCUAUGAGCCUGCUGAGGUCCGACACGAAUUAACAGCCGAUGGCAUUGACCCGAUUACAGUGCAAGAAGAGCGAAGGCGCCGUAUCGCCAAAGCCCAGGACGAGGAGUUGAGGUGGUCGAACCUGAAAGCUGUCGUGAGAGGAGAAACCACAGCGAUGACUUACAAAGAGGCUCGAGAAGCCUGGAAGUGGGCGGACAACUUCGUGCUGUCAAGUGACAACGUCCUCUCGAGUAAGCAGCUCAAAGGCUACUCACCUGGCAAUGUGCUCGCAGAGCGACCAUUCCAGUGCUCGUUUACUGAAUUUGUGAUCGCUAAUGCGAUGUCGGAUACCGAUGCCCUGACUGUGACCAAGGUGUUCGAGGAAUGCAUCUACAGACGAUUUGGUGCUCCGUCUCUUAUUCGACAUGACCGAGACCCACGCUGCAUGAGCGAGCAAGAGCGCUCGGUCAAGACCGUGAUGCAGUCUGUCAAGGACUAUGUGAAAGACCCGUUGCAGCAAGACUGGGAUGAGAUCGCUGAGCGACUAGUCUUUGCGAUCAAUAAUUCCCACGAUAUGACCACCAUUCUACUUGGUAUCGGUAAGCAGACUGAGGCACUAGCCUGGCGGCGAGAAAUCAACCGCCAGCAGCAGAUCGCGCUCGAGAUGGCUAAAGAAUACCAAGCAGUGGAGAAGGACCGACGUGCUAGAAUUCACAACGAGAAGCUCAGUCGCAAAGAGCAAGCCGCAGUACCAAAAGGUGUGAAUGAUGGCUCGCCCGACGAUGACUCGGACCCGAAAGUGAAGCGAAAGGUCGAGGAGUUCGCGUACGAGCUCGAGUUACCAGAUAAAACUCGAGAUGUUGCCGAGGAAGCGAGAUACGACUUCGACGAAGAGCGGUUGCCCGAAGACAGCUGGAUGCCAGAUGAAGUUACCGGCGAAUUCGAGGUGGAAGCGAUUUUGGACGACAGAACACCAAUGUCAACCAACACGGAUAGACCUGUGCGCGAAUUUGAGGUGAAGUGGGUUGGCUGCGAGUCAACUACAUGGGAACCAGCUUCUAACUUGUCGUAUGGAGGACUCCUGUAUGACUACUUGCGGAACAAGAAGAGCGAGCAACGUCUACAGAUGGUCCAAGUCGCUGACGAGGACUGA